CGUCUGCUACAAAAACGACCACUAGCGCCGUCUUCCGUUGAUGACGUAUUACCGUGUAUCAUCAGCAAUAACAAUGGCAGACAAUAUCAGCAGUUCUUCGAUUUCGAGUGAUAGUGACGACGAUUUAGCUAGUUCUGGACAUGCUGGAGCGAGUGAAUCAAUAUCAUCGGUUGAUUUAAUGGGAGAUGAACUCGAGGAUCGCGUUAUGGUUGCAGGAGAGGUUCAGGGGUACCAAUUCGAGCCGAGUUUCAACUCCGAAGGCAGUGGCAAUGGGUCUGGCUCGGAAACUUCGGCUUCUGAAUCAGAUUCUCAUUCUGACGAUCCGGACGGGGUGAAGGCCAAAUGGGCAUCAAGAAUGAACACAACGGAUUGGUGCGACUGUGGAAAGGUGUGUGUGAAUUCACCUUUCCCUGAAGAAAAUGCGUGCUGCUCUGAAAAGGUCCCCAUUUUGAACAAGAUGGAAGAAUUCAAUGCCGACCACGGUGGCGACAUCGUAUGCAUUACUAAGCAUCCAGGGUUCAGCUCCAACUGCCUGGAUGUAUGGGUUCUACAAGCGGCCUACAGGUUGUACCAGAAGAAACACCGAGUGGCCAUAGACGGGGAGAUCAAUAUGAAUAUGAAAUACAGAUACAUCACAUAUUGUCAGCUAGUUGCCUGGUGCUGGGGCUUCUUAGGGAAAGAAAAUCGAGUGCCGCUGCCAGCCUGUGCUUUGGAUGUGAUUCGAAAGACAUUUCCAGCUGAAGGAGAACUUGUAGGUUUUAAAUACCCCACUCUCAAGAAAAAGUAAGACACAAGUUAGUGAAAGACUGAAAGUUCAUUUGUUGUUAAAACGACGGAACGUUGUCUGGUACUUUUCAACAGCAGUGGCUUUGUCUGGAUGAUCGUAGCUUGCGCACAGUGCUUCGUACGUGUUCUUCUUCUCAGGUUGGAUAUUGUUGAUGCAUCUUCGUUGGACUUCAGGAAGUAAUCUCUGGAUGUAAUCUGUGAAUAGAACAUUCUGAGUAAGAUUUGUACUGGUUUUAACUGUGAUAGAUUAUUAUUAAUUUUAAUA